AUGCAGCUCCUCCCCUUCACUUUCCGCUCUACCCCAGCCAUACCGGAAAUGGACUUCUCAGGCAUCAUCGUCUCUUCUUCCUGCAACCUCAAGCCCGGUACCCAGGUUUUCGGUUCUAUUCCCCUCUCGCAACAUGUAAAAAUGACGAGCGGUGCGCUGGCGGAAUACGUAGUAGUACCUCAGACAUCCGUCGUCCCGAAACCCGACAGUAUCUCGGUGGAAGAGGCGGCAGGGUUGGGUAUAGCGGGCGCAACUGCCUUACAGCUUCUCAAAGCCGCAGGAUUGAAGACGGGAGACAGCGUCCUCGUCAACGGCGCGAGUGGAGGCAUAGGCCAUUUGGUGCUGCAGAUGUGCUGUCAUAUCGUCGGUCCAACAGGUAGAGUCAAGGCGGUUUGUUCUUCGCGGAACGCCGAGUGGGUUGAAAAACUUGGGAAAAACGUUCAGGUCAUCGCAUACGACACAAACGGCCCGGUACACUCAUAUCUCAACAAAACAUUCGCUGGAGCGCGCUUCGAUGCAGUUGUCGAUGCAGUAGGUGUCCAAGAUAUCUUCAAUAACUCGCCUACGUUUCUGAAAGAAGGGAGGCCGUACGUCACUGUUGGUCCGAAAGCGAGCAGCUAUACGUAUGUCGGUAUGCUGGGCACCAUUGGGACCAUGGCAAAGAACAUGCUUUGGCCGAAGUGGUUGGGUGGUACACCGAGACCGUAUGUACAAGUUGCGGCGGCUUCAAAUCCGGAAACUUUACGGGAGCUGGCAAGGAUGGUUACAGAAGAGGGUUUAAGGACAAAUGUCGGUUCAUUGGUACAUAUAGAGGACGUUCAUAAGGCGUAUGAGCAUUUACUUGGUGGUCAUGCUCAAGGAAAGAUUGUGGUGGCUAUGACUGAACAGAUCGUCGCACAAGUCGGAGCAACGUCAAUGUAA